AUGAUAUAAAUUUAGCAAUAACUUAUUGAGCUAAAAAGUUCUUAAAAUGAAAAAGAUAUAGUAAUUGAUUCUCUUAAAGGUUUGAAUGAAAACUUAGGUAAAUAAUACUCAAUCGAAAAAUAAACAUUAUCAAAUGAUAAAAGAAUUCUUCAAGAAUAGAAUUCUGAAUUUGUUCAAUAAAUCUAACAGUAAUAAGACAGACUUAAUACAUACAAUGAAAUUAUUCUUAUAAAAGAUCAAGAAAUUAAUGAAUUUAAACAGAAAUUAACAAAUUACGAGUUAGAAAUAAGUUAAAAAACAGUAGAAUAUGAAGAUUAAAUUACUCAAUUAUCUAAAAUAAAAGAUUAUGCUCUCAGUAAACUAAAUAGUAAAGAGGAUGAAUUUGAAUAGUUGUAAAAUAAAUUGGAAUAAUUAUUGCUGAAUAAAGAGAAAGAAUAUUAAAAUCAUUUAAUAAGUAUUUAGAAUAAAGAAGAGGAGUUAAAACUAAUCUAAUCAACUAAUGAAGAAUUAGGUAUCGUAGUCUUAAAACUUGAAGAUGAAAUAAAAAAAUAAGAAGAAAGGUUGAAUUUGAAAAUUUCAAAUCUUGAAGCAAGUAUUGAAGAAAAGGAUAAUAAAAUUUAAUGCAAAGAAAAUAAAUUAAUUGAUUAAGGAUAAUCUAUAAACCAGUAUGAGGAUAGAUUUAAUUCUGAUCAACAACUUAUAUCAAAAUAAAAACUUGAGAUAGAAAAUUUAUAAAAGUAGAUUGAAGAUAUUAAUAAAGAAGAGGAAUUUACUUAAUAAGAAUUUUAAUAAUUAAUUAAAAUCUCGAAAUUAGAAUAAUUGCCAUAAAGUAAUGAUAUCUAAGGAGAAGAGAUAGCUCAAUUAAAAUAAGUUAUUGAAGAGAAGGAUAAACAUAUUGAAUAAUUGAAGCAAAAUAUCAAUGAGUUGAGAGGGUUUAAAUUAAAUAAAUCUUUCAUCAGUAAUAGAUCCAAAAGAAGUAUGAAUGCGAUCUAAUUAGAUUAAUUUAAUGAUAUCGAAGAAACAAGCAAGAAUUCUGAAGAUGAAGAGAAACAAAUUUUAGAAUUGACAUAAUAACUGAAAAAAUAGAAUAAUGAAACAGAUUAAGAAGAAUAAAAUUAGGAUAAAACUAUUGUGUCAAAAUUGAGAGAAGAAAAUGAUAUAAUGAGAAGAAAGCUUGCGGAUUAAGAAUAGGAAAUAAUUAAUAAUUAAAGGAAUGGUGAUUAUGAAUAAACUAUCUCGAAUUUACAAAUGGAAAUUAAAGGUCUUAAAGAUAAACUAGACAAUUAUGAAAAUAUAUUAGAAAAGUAGAUGAAUAAAUCCAUAUUAAGUAAUAGAUCAAAGAGAAGUUAAAAUUGCCUUCAAUUAGACAAUUUUAAAGAUAUUGAUUUAAUUAGUUAGCAUUCAGAAGACGAAGAGUUAGAAUUAUAAUAAAUAAUUGAAUAAAAUCAAAGACAAUAGAAAGAAGUUAAUCCUGAAUUACAUGAAGUCUAAAAAUUAAAGGAAGAAAAUGAAAUUUUGAAAAAAAAUGUUACAGAUUUAUAAGAAGAAUUAAAAAUAAAUUAUUUGAGGUUGAAAGACCAUGAGUAGACUAUUUAAAUUUUACAAGCUGAAUUGCAUGAGCAUAAGGAAAAAAUAGAGAAUUAUGAAAAUUAAUAUAAGGAAAUAUAAAUGAAUAGGUCAAUUUUGAGUAAUAGAUCAAGGAGAAGCUAAAACUAAUGUCAAUUUGAUUAAUUUUCAGAUCUUGGAGAAGAUGAAUAGAACUUAUCUGACAAUGAUUCUCUGUUAUAAUAAAAGAUUUUAUUAUAAUAAAAUGUAUUUCAUUUGAAGGAAUAAGAAUUAAAUACAAAAUUGGGUUAAUUGAAUGAAGAAAUCGUCUAGUUAAAAGAAUAAAAUAAAUUACUUUAAGAUUUUAUUAAUAGAGGGGGCACUCCUAGUCCAAUUUAAAAUAUAGAAUCUGACCCAAACAAAUUUUCAAAGAUAUUACUUGAAGGAGAAAAACAUAUCUAAGAAUUAUAAAACUAAUUAUAUGAGAGAGAUUAAAUAUUCCCUCAAAAUAAAUAAAAGAAAUAAUUUACAUUUGAUGAUAAUUAAGAUGAAGAAAACCAAGAAGGGGAUGAUUUAGCCGAAGAAAUUAAAUUAGGAUAAAAGGCAAAGAAUGAUUAUGAGAAGGAUUAAUAAGAUUAUAUAAAAUAUUUAGAUAAUGAAAAUUCUGAUCUAUUGAAAAAAUAUAGCAAUUUGGAACAAAAAAACAAAGCAUAUGAAGAGGAGAAAUAGAAACUUGAAGUUUUGAUUUUCCAAUUACAAUCUACAAUUAAAGAAUUAGAAAGUUAAAAAAAGGAAUUAUAAAUAUAGUUACAAAAUUAGAUUAUGGUUAUUAAUGCUUAAGAAAAACAGCAAUCCGAUAAAAUGGAAUAAUUGGUAGAGCACCCACAAGUUUUAUAAUAAAAUAGCGAUUCAUCUUAAGAUUUAAUCACAUUAAAAAAUUAAUAUGAAUAAUUAAAAGGAUUAUGUCAAUAAUUCUUCACUGCUAUUUUAAAUAAAAAUCCUGAAAUUGCUGAAUCGAUUUUAGGUGUUAUUUUGAGUAUGAUAGAAAUGGCAGAUAAAUAAAAUAUAUGCUAAGAAUUGUUUUUUAAGUCAGGUGAGAAAAAAGAUAAGAAAAAUAAAAGUAAAGGAAUUAAGGGAUGGUUUUGA